AUGCUAGAGAAAGAGGAAGGUGUUCUUCUGAAGAAAGCUGCUACAGAGGUUGAUAGAGCAAAGGAAUUCACCCGGGCCAAGAUCAAACACGGAAAAAAUUAUAUGAGCAACAAGUUGAACCAACAAGUUGAACGGCUUGGGAAUUUCCAUCUCCGUAUCCUUGAUCAAAUGAUUAUGUUAGAAGUUGCCAAAGCAACAACAGAGACUGUAGAUGCUUUGACGGCCGGUGCUUAUGCAAUGAAAAAUAUGCAAAAAGCAACCUAUGUGUUUAUCUACCUGCCUUUUUUACUAUCGAGUUAUAUAACUAACAUUGAUGAUGUAGACAAGACAAUGGAUGAGAUCAAUGAGCAAACCGAGAACAUGAAACAGAUCCAAGAAGCAUUGUCGGCUCCAAAUUGGUUUGCUGUUGAUUUCGAUGAGAAAGCAAUAAGACCCGUUCCAAACGCUCCUGAACCAAAGCAACAUUUCCGUCCUGCAACUCAGAAGCAACAAACCACCGAGGAAGAUGAACUCGCUGCAUUACAUGCUGAGAUGGCUCUCUGA